AUGACCACGGCUCCAUACGACCGUAGUAUUGUUGGCAAUCAUUACUGUGGAAUUUCGCUGCGCCAAUUUUUGCUACAGCUGGGAGUCGAUCUUCUGUUGUGGGCAGAACUGGUUAUUCUGCCAGUUCUGCCGAGUGGCAUAACUUUAGCGGUGAAUUUUUCCUAUCUACAACAUCAAGUUGUCAACGACAGUCCUACCGAAGACAUUAACGACAUCUUCCAGUUCUCUGCCAACCCUGGGUUCUGCCAAGUUCUGCCAAAGCGGGUGGCAGAACUCAUCAGUUCUGCCCGCAACAUCCGUCCAUGGCUAUCCGAAGUGCUGACAGCAAUUGUCCCCUCUUUUGCGGCACAACUGCAGAUUGCUGCGCAGGCAGUAAAUGCAAGCAAGAAUUCGAUCACCAAUCUAAGAGUGGUGCUGUAUACACUUUUAUGUGUAUGGCCCAGUGAGCUACAAGCGCUUGCUUUUGAACAGAUUUCGCUGCUGCUCGAGCAAUGA